AUGCAGAAAUCCCGUGAGACGGCCCGCGUAUUUCCACGGGCAAUGGCGGCGCUACCCGUCCUCGUGGCGCUUCUCUCUCUCGUCUCUCUGUCGCAAUCAGCGCCGUGCCUCCUCCCCCAAGUGACGAUUAACGUAACGCGCGAGUCCCACCUCUACCUUCGAAAGAACUACCCCGCCAAUCAGUACGUGACGAUGGUGCUGCAGGCGAGCAUACAGCUAACUGACACGUUUGUGAUGGAUGCGAAGUUCAGCUGCACUGUCUUCCGCUCCGCCACAGCCCGCGGCUUUGACCUCGUCUCGCCGUCUGUGAACACCAUGGUAACAAAAAUCGUCAACACCAACAAUGUGCUAGUGAUCGGGGUGAAUUUCAAGAUGCCCGUUUCAGCAAUCGGGCAGCUGGACUGUAACUACAUUGAGACGCGCUAUCGUGACUACAUCGGCAAAUACGCCUGCCCUGCUGUUUGGCUGUACCGAGUAUGGGGUGUGCAAGUGGUGCAGGGUAACGUCUACGGGCGGGUGGAGGUGGCGAGAGCAAAUCGCUCGCGGAUCGACUCAAUGGAUGUGCUCGUGAAGGCCACCAACCAGCCCGGAGCCAUUGUGGUGAUGCUGUCGGGGGACGGGCCCAACCUCAUCCGCAGUGAGGUGGUUAUUUCUAACAACAACAUUCGGACAGAGGGCACAAUGGGGCAGGGCGCCACCGUGGGAAUUAUGUUGUUCCGAGGAGCAGUGGGUGUGAACAUUGUGGGAAACCGCCUAUCACACUUCACCCUGAACAGUAUCCAGAUGGGAUGGGGGCAGAGCAACGUGGGAGACGCAAUGCUAACCCUCGUGGCUCAGAACGACUUUGUUCACGGGUUCGGGCAGCUCGGGGACAGUGCGGGUAUUUACUUCAACACGCACUGGGUAAACCCCGGAAAUGUCCUCCGGUGCAACUACGUGCGGGGCGGCGGGCACUGCCUGUAUUUCGACUGGGUGUCAUCGGGAGUGAUCGUGGAUGGGCUCGUGUGUGUGGAGACUGCUGAUGGACUGAAGCUCAACACAGGGAAGAAUAACGAAAUCCGCGGAAUGGUGGUUAUAGACAGCAAGCAGCCUCUAGCGGGGUACAUCUCGUGCCAGAACUACAGAGUGAACAACUGUGACAAGCCCAAUGGGAUCAGAUGGAACAACGACCUGCUCACCUACUACCAGACGCCAGGGAUCAAGAAGCUCUUCCCCUUCCUCACCAAUUUCUCGCCGCCGUGCCUCCUCCCCCGAGUGGUGAUCAACGUGACACGCGAGGCCGACCUUUACCUUCGAAAGAGCUAUCCCGCCAAUCAGUACGUGACGAUGGUGCUGCAGGCGAGCAUACAGCUCACAGACACGUUUGUGAUGGAUGCGAAAUUCAGCUGCACUGUCUUCCGCUCCGACAAGGACCGCGCCUUCGACCUCAUCUCGCCCUCUGUGAACCUCAUCUCUCAAACCUCCGCGCCUAUCCGCACCUUCCUAUCCUCAUCUCCUCUUGUCAUGGCAGGGCAACGUGUACGGGAGAGUAGAGCGGUGGGAGUCGAUGUUAUCGGAAACCGCGUAUCAAACUUCACCCUCGCGAGCAUGCAGCUGGGAUGGGGGCAGUCGAUGGUCGGCGAUGCCAUGCUCUCCCUGGUCACCAAAAACGACAUCGUUCACGGCUUCGGGCAACUUGGGGAUAGUGCGGGUAUUUACCUCGACACGCACUGGGUAAACCCCGGGAAUGUCCUCCGGUGCAACUACGUGCAGCGGGGAGGGCACUGCUUGUAUCUCGACUGGGUGUCGUCUGGAACGGUAGUGGAUGGGCUCGUGUGUGUGGAGACGGCAGAUGGGAUGAAGCUCAACACCGGCAAGAAGUGA